UCUUGACCAUGAACAGCUGGUGAGCCAGCCGGUUCGGUUUGUUAUUCAACCAAAAAAAUAGAAGGCUUUGAAAAUCAUGGAUUUUCUAACCAAAGUGUGGGCCAAAGAGGCAACCACAACAACUGAGAAGCCGCCCAUAGAAGCACCCACACCCGCAGAGGCUAAGAAGGAAUCACCAACGGAAGGUCAGGAGAAAAAUAUCCCACCGAAAGAGACCAAGGAUUGGGGUUAUGAUCUGUACCCAGAGCGUCGUGGUGAAAGCUUUAAACCCAAAUGGACUCGCGUCCUGUUUGGCAUGGAGGGUCAGGAGAACAUCGAUCGUUUCAAAUGCGAACAGAAUGUCUAUUGGUGCGUCAAAAAUGGUCCACUUGUCAAAUUAAUGAUGGGCGCCCUUAAGAGUUCCGGUUGUCCCAUCGAUUUGCGGCGUCACAUCUCGUGCGAAGUUUGCGAUCCCAGUGUCACUGGUGGCUAUGAUCCAACUCUAAAUCAAAUUGUUGUCUGUCAGAAUAUGGCGAAAAACAAAAGCAUGGUUCAUGGCGUUCUAACCCAUGAAAUGAUACACAUGUUUGAUUAUUGCAAUAACGAAUUAGAUUUCCGUAAUGUCGAUCAUUUGGCCUGCACAGAGAUAAGAGCAGCCAAUUUGGCUCAUUGUUCAUUUUUAAGUGCCAUGUUCCAGGGCGAUGCGUCGCCAUUUAAUAUCAAAGAGGCCCAUCAGAAUUGUGUCAAGAGCAAGGCCUUGGCCUCUGUUCUAGCUGUGCGUAAUAUUACCAAGGAGGAUGCCAUUGCAGCCGUGGAGCGUGUCUUUCCCAAAUGCUAUGCCGAUUUAGAACCAAUUGGUAGAAGAAUUCGUCGAAAUUCUACAGAUCAACAGAAGGCCUACAUGGAGGCACCCAUGUAUGGCUACGAUGUUUAUUAGCAAUCGUUGUUUUCCUUUCCUUCUAUUUGGUUAUUUAGUUUUAAAUUAAAACAAAUAAAACCAACAAAAAUCAAGUA